AUGCCUCCGGAGCCAGAGCUUGCACACCCUUCCUUCUCCCGGCGGGCCAGCAACACCUCGGCGGCGUCGUCGUCGUCCAGGACAUCUUCGGCAGAAAAGGCUCACGCCAAGUCUCUCAGGAACGCUGGGAAAGAGGCGUUCUUGACGGUGGUGAGGGAAACAGUGCAAGAGCUUGGGCUUGACGCGGCCAACGAAGCCAUCGAAGAGGAGGCAAUCAGGAUGGAGGAGAUGCAAACAAGCCAAGACUCGGCCUGCGGCUCUCCAUUCCGGUCCUCAACGUCCUCCCGCACAGCGGGGAGCGGUCGGCGCUCUAGCACCGGAGGGCAUCAUGGCGUUGGCGUUGAUACCGCCGAGCCGUCAGAGCGCCGGCGCCGCCGGCAUAGGAAGUCGUCUAUGGCGCAGGGGGAGGGGCAGUCGAUCGUCGCCGCGGCGAUGGCCAACUUCGGAGGUGGUGUCGAUGCUAACCCCGGUGCCAUCCCAGAGGAAGGGAGAGUCUUGUCGAGGUCGUUCCAGGGGUCCGAUUCUGCCGAUCCGGGGGAUGAUUCGGCUGCUGCUGAGGCUGCGGUGGGUAGGCCGGCGGCAGCGGCGGCGGAGGGGGGAGGCGAGGCGACGUCGUUCCGGAACACUGCGGAGACGAUGGAGGACGACGAGAGAGAGACGCUGUUGGCGUUGCUCACCGGGGCGUACGGCCAGGUGAACGACCUCACGGACGAGCUCAAGAUAUCACUCGACAAGCUCAACGAUACGGAGAAGGAACUUAAGGCGGUAAACGCUGCCCACGCCAAGCUGCAGGCCAUGCCCAACCCAUCCCCUACAUCUUUAAACGGCCAAUCAGGCGCGCACGCAGAGGGAGUUACCCCGAAGCGAUCUCCCGUUUCGAAGCUGCUCAAGGAUGUCUUCCCGAACGACGAGGGCGGGAGGUCUACGCCGGCCGCCGUUAGGCAGCUGCAGGUGGAGGUGCAAAGGCUGAGACAGAGGAACGCUCAGGCUCAUUCCAAGGAGGAGAAGUACAAGUCCGAGAUCGCCCACUUGAAGAGGCUGAUGGCGGUGAUGGAAUCGCAGGUCGCCAACGCCGACCCGGACCUCGCUAGCGCCAACUCAUCCCGCAGCCGUUCUGCGAGACAGAUGUCGACGGCCGGUGGCGCGCACUCGCAGGACGGGGCGACCAAGCCGCUCGUGGCACGCGUGGCCGAGCUGGAAGAGAAGCUCGUGGUCUGCAGCAUGGAGAACGCGACGGCGAAGCAGGAGCACCUGACGUCACAGCUGGCAAGCCAGAAACUUGAGAAGACUCUGCAGAAGCUGAGGCACGAGCUGGCCAAAUCUCGAGCCAUGAACGACCUCCUCCAGAACGAGAUCGACCGACUGCAGGGUCAUGACCCAGAGGGCGAGGCGGACGGCAGCGGUUGGCGGCGAUGGCUGGGUGGGGUACAAGAGCCCUUGUCCCCGGAGCCCAACCCCAUACAGGUUACCGGAGGUAGCGACAGUCCCGUGGUGGUGGUGAGAGACCUGGACAACAACCAGCUUGUCUAUGCCCCCGGUCGCUCACAGUUCGGGUGAUAUGACUCCUGAUUGCGAACACGUGACUGCAUCCGCAAAGAGAGUGCGUUGUGUG